GCGGGGGCGGCGAGCGGCCGGCGCGAGCGGUCCGCCUGUGGGCCGCCCGGCCCUCAGCCCCUCCUUCGGCGUCUCGGCCGGACACGGCCGCCCCGUCCGCCGCGCGCUCCCCGCGCGCUCCCGCCCCGCCUCGCGGCCGCCGCCCGGUGCGUCCGUCAGUCAGUCAGUCACGGAGCGCGCGGCGCGGGAGCUGCGGACGCUCGCGGCGUCUCUCGGGAGGGAGCGCCGCGCCUGGGAGGAGGCGGCGGCGGCGGCGGCUGAGGAGCUGCCCAGCCCGGGCCGCUGCGGGAGCCGGGGCCGGCGGACUACCGAGCAGCUGUCGCGAUGGAGCAGCUAUCAGAUGAAGAAAUUGACCAUGGUGCCGAAGAAGACAGUGACAAAGAAGAUCAAGAUCUGGACAAAAUGUUUGGAGCCUGGCUGGGGGAGCUAGACAAACUUACUCAGAGUUUGGAUUCUGACAAGCCCAUGGAACCAGUAAAAAGAUCUCCUCUUCGCCAGGAAACAAACAUGGCCAAUUUUUCUUAUCGCUUCUCCAUAUACAACUUGAAUGAAGCUCUGAAUCAGGGAGAAACUGUGGAUCUGGAUGCCCUGAUGGCCGAUCUUUGCUCAAUAGAGCGGGAGCUCAGCAGUAUCGGUGCAGGAAAUAGUAAGCGUCAAAUCACAGAAACAAAAGCCACUCAGAAAUUACCUCCUAGCCGACAUACAACAAAACAUGGCACCUUGAAAGGAUUGUCUUCUUCAUCUAAUAGGAUUACUAAACCAUCACAUGCCAACUACUCCCUGGAUGAUAUUACUGCACAGUUAGAACAGGCCUCUUUGAGCAUGGAUGAGGCUGCUCAGCAAUCUGUACUAGAGGAUGCUAAGCCCUCAGUAACUAAUCAGCACAGAAGAACGGCAUCAGCGGGCACAGUGAGUGAUGCUGAAGUGCGCUCUAUUAGUAACUCCUCUCGCUCCAGCAUCACUUCUGCAGCUUCCAGCAUGGACUCUUUGGAUAUUGAUAAAGUAACACGCCCUCAAGAACUGGAGUUGACACAUCAGGGGCAGCCAAUUACUGAGGAAGAACAAGCAGCAAAAUUGAAAGCUGAGAAGAUCAGAGUUGCCCUAGAGAAAAUUAAAGAGGCACAAGUGAAAAAGCUAGUUAUUAGAGUCCACAUGUCUGAUGAUAGUUCUAAAACAAUGAUGGUGGAUGAGAGACAGACAGUGAGACAAGUUCUGGAUAACCUGAUGGACAAAUCCCACUGCGGUUACAGUUUAGACUGGUCACUGGUAGAAACCAUCUCUGAGUUACAAAUGGAGAGAAUCUUUGAAGACCAUGAAAACUUGGUUGAAAAUCUUCUUAACUGGACAAGGGAUAGUCAAAACAGGCUUAUGUUUAUGGAGCGCAUAGAAAAAUAUGCACUUUUCAAAAAUCCACAGAACUAUCUUCUGGGGAAAAAGGAAACAGCUGAGAUGGCAGAUAGAAACAAAGAAGUGCUGUUGGAGGAAUGUUUUUGUGGAAGUUCUGUAACUAUACCAGAAAUUGAAGGAGUCCUUUGGUUGAAAGAUGAUGGCAAGAAGUCCUGGAAAAAGCGUUACUUUCUCUUGCGAGCAUCUGGUAUUUACUAUGUCCCUAAAGGAAAAGCGAAGGUUUCUCGGGAUCUGGUAUGCUUUCUCCAGCUGGAUCAUGUCAAUGUUUAUUAUGGACAGGACUAUCGGAACAAAUACAAAGCCCCGACGGACUGUUGUCUGGUGCUGAAGCACCCACAGAUCCAGAAGAAAUCUCAGUACAUUAAAUACCUUUGUUGUGAUGAUGUGAGAACCCUGCACCAGUGGGUCAAUGGUAUCCGCAUUGCAAAGUAUGGGAAGCAGCUCUACAUGAACUACCAAGAAGCCUUAAAGAGGACAGAGUCUGCUUGUGAUUGGACUUCCUUAUCCAGCUCCAGCAUUAAAUCAGGAUCCAGUUCUUCCAGCAUCCCAGAGUCUCAGUCAAAUCACUCAACUCAGUCUGACAGUGGAGUGUCCGACUCCCAGCCAGCAGGACACGUCCGUUCCCAAAGCAUCGUGAGCUCCAUCUUCUCCGAGGCCUGGAAACGAGGCACGCAGCUGGAGGAGUCCAGCAAGGCCAGAAUGGACUCUAUGAAUCGAUCCUACACUUCACUUAUGACCCCUUUAUCCCCACAACCUAAACUAGUCAGCCCCUACACGGCCUCCCAGCCUUCGCCUCCUCUCCCACCCCCACCCCCUCCCCCUCCUCCUCCCCCUCCACCCCCGCCCCCACCUCCCCCUCCUCUGCCCAGCCAGUCUGCACCUUCUGGGGGCUCAGCAGCCACAAUGUUUGUCAAGUACAGCACAAUAACCAGGCUGCAGAACGCCUCUCAGCAUUCGGGACCCCUGUUUAAGUCCCCCGCACCCCCUGUGAUGCAGCCUCUGUCCUCGACCUCACAGCCAGCAAAGCCUCAGAUCCCGGUGCCCCCCAACGGGGUUGUGCCCCCACCCCCGCCCCCUCCACCCGCCCCCACCCCCGGCUCGGCCAUGGCCCAGCUCAGACCCGUGCCUUGCGCCCAGUCCCUUCCACAGUUCAGCCCCCCACCGCCUCCGCUGAAGAUUCAUCAAGUCCCGCACGGUCUUCAGGCCGCUCCUCCGACACCCCCACCCCCGCCGCCCGCCUCUCCCCAGGCUCCUCCCAAACCUCUGGUGCCCACGCCGCCCGCCGGCACCAAGACCGUGCCCCCGCCGCCCCUCCCCCCGGCCCCCCCAGCCAAAAAGCCGGCUUUCCCCCACAUCCCGCCCUCGCCAGCCGCUCCUCCCGGCCCAGGCCCCCCGCCCACGUUCCCCAAGCAUCAGGGCUUCGCUGGGAAACCGCCUCCCUCGCCGCUGUCCCCGGUGCUCUCGGUGGUGAAGCAGAUGGCCAGCCAGUUCCCGCCGCCUCCCGCGCCCGCGGAGGCCCAGCCCUCGAAGCCGGUCGCGGCGCACGUGGCCCCGCAGUCGCCGCCCGCGGUGAAAGCCAAGCCCAAGUGGCAGCCCAGCCCCGUCCCGGUCCCUUCCCCCGACUUCCCGCCGCCGCCGCCCGAGAGCAGCCUGGGGUUCCCGCCGCCGCCGCCUCCCCCCCCUCCGCCCCCCACCCCGCCGCCGCCGGCGACACCCACCGCCGCGGCCCCGGACAGGAGUGGGUCCCCCGGGAAGAAGACGGGCAGGACGGCCAGCCCCGGGGGGAAGAAGCCGCCGCCGACCCCACAGCGCAACUCCAGCAUGAAGGCGCCCCCCGAGCCCAAGAGGCCCUCGGUGGACAGUCUGGUCAGCAAGUUCGCGUCGCCAGCGGAGCCCUCGGGGUCUCCCAGCAAGGACACCCCACCGCCGCCCGCAGCGCCCCCCAAACCUGGGAAACUCCACCUCCCCGGCGUCCACCUUCCCGGAGCGCACCAGGGCGGCGUGGCAGCGAAGGCCUCGGCCGUGGAGUUUCCUUCUCCGCCGUCGGACUCGGACUUCCCGCCCCCUCCCCCGGAGGUGGAGCUCCCCCCGCCCCCCGUAGAGAUCCCCGCCGCCUUCCUGGGAGCCGCGGCCCCCAAAGUGGCCGUGGUCAGCCCGCAGCCGCAGCAGUGGGCCAAGCCGGCGGCGAAGAAGGCGCCUCCGCCCACGCGGCCCAAGCGCAACGACAGCACCCGCCUCACCCAAGGGGAGCCCUCCGAGCCCGCGGGGCCGCCGGCGCCCACCUCCCCCAAAGCCAGCCUCGGGGUGCAGCCCGGGUUCCUGGCCGACCUCAACAGGACCCUGCAGCGCAAGUCCAUCACGCGGCACGGCUCGCUCUCCUCCUCCCGCGUGUCCAGAGCAGAACCCACGGCCACCAUGGACGACAUGGCCUUGCCCCCGCCUCCCCCUGAACUGCUUUCCGAUCAGCGGAAAGCCGGCUACGGGGGCAGCCACAUCUCAGGCUACGCCACCCUGCGGAGAGGGCCCCCUCCCGCGCCCCCUAAGAGAGACCAGAACACCAAGCUCUCGAGAGACUGGUAGCUGCCGUAGGUCUGAUCCCCUGGUGUCUGUAGUCACGUCUGCAAUCAGCUCGCCUGACCAUCUGGGAGUUCAGGUGGCAGAGCCUUCCGGUAUGUUCUUCAGGUAGAGUCCAGCCGUGUGUGUGUGUGUGUGUGUGUGUGUGUGUGUGUGUGUGUGUAUGUGUGUGUAUGUAUAUAUAUGCAUAUGUAGAGCUGGGAGUGAUUCUAUUUAUUCCCUUUCAUAAUCUGAAAACGGAUUUUGUGUAUUUGGGGCAGAAGAGGCAUGGAAGGGGAUGUGUCCUGUCCCUUGCGAUUUCCAUGAUCUGUCAUGUGGAUUGGACCAAAACACAACUUCUGUGGACUUGAGAAGGUGCAUUCUAGUCCCCAUGUGCGGCUCCUGAGCACGUGAUGUGUCCUAUACUGAGGAGGAGGUGCGUCAUGCGCGGCUUCUCAGUUUGAAGACAACCACGUUUGGUGUCUCAGUAGGGCUUGUGUGUGUGUUUCUCCCGGGUGGCUGAAGUUAGAACUGCUUGAUGGACACUUCAUGACUGUACAUAAAGGGGCACUUUAAUCAGGAAAACCUCUCAGCUUCAUAGAACGGGUCAGCAAUGCGCAUGGGGAAAUUCCAGACACUACCCAGUGGUGCAGUAACCACCAUUCCAGUCGCAGUGCUGCCGCAGGGACCCGCUGAACCUGGGAUGUCCUCACAGGUAAGCUCUUUGCCUACAACACGUGGAUAAUGGAGCCCUGUAAUCUUGGGGGCUUUAUGCUGUUGGAAUCCUUCCAUGGGCUUUGUGAAGCUUCAUUGAGCUGGUUUCACGAUCCUUGCUUUGACUCACUGUAAGAACUAUCCAACCCAGUGCCCUGCAAUGCUCAGUCCAGUCUGUCUUUGGGUCACCAGUUACCUUCUAAGUGUGUGCUGUAGGUAGAUGUUAUCUUAGGGAUCUGUAACAGUUGCAAUAUCAAGUAUUCCCAUCCUAUGUCCAAUAUAGUGCAUCAUUAUGAAAAGCAAAGUCACCUUCUGAAAUGUCCAUACUGCUCUCUAGAAGGUUGGGGUGAUUACAAAAGGAACAAAAUGGCCCUGUGCAGGUGUCAUCAAUCAGGGAGUACAUGGAGGGUGAUGUGGACUACAGAGAAUCUCCGAGUGUGAGACUAGCAUGGAGGGAGGGGAAAUGAAUGCGGUUGGUGCUGCAGCCAGGUGUGGCCGAACAGCCAGGUUCCCGGUGUUCUCCGGGAGCAGUGGAGUCCAAGCAUAGUGAGUGGCAUUACAUUGUGCAUGUGCAGUUUGGCAUAACAUGAAAUCAUUGCUCUAACGACACAGUAAUCCUGUAUGCUUCAUGCUACACUUCAUGCGUGUGUUUUUCCUGUGAGUUUCCUUUUGUAUCUGAGAAAAAUGUGACAAAUGGACCAUUAGGAAUAAAAGGCAAUCUCAGAGCUGCUCUUCAACAAAAGAACAAAAACUAGCUACCCCAGGAGUGAUAGUGAGCACAUCUUGUAAUGAGUCUGCCUGUUGUGACGAAGGAUGACAGUGCGGAAAUCUGCCGACACUGCCCCAUAAGGAAAAACUGUGCCCAUGCAGUGGAGCAGACGGUAAUUAGAGAGGAAGUGGAAGUUAAGUAUGGGGUGUCCCUUUACCCGUGUAACCCAUCCAGUGACGUGCUGCAUCAUAGAGUAAAUGGCACCUACCUCUCCCUUGCCACGUCUGCAGGAUAUUGUUCAGUAUAUUCACGUGGUUAUAGAGCACUAAGAACAUACACCAUCGUGCAUUUUUUAAAGCCCUGCUUCUUUAAAAGAUACUUUUUGGGUCUUUUCAGUUGUUCACAAGGUUUGUGUGCUUGAUAUUGUUAUGCUUGUGAAGUGACCUUGAACACAUCUGCAUUAUUGAUUUAAGCAUGCAUGGCAAUUUGGAUAAAUUUGAGUACAGAUUGCCAAGCUUCAGUGUGAAUCACCCUUAUUUGUGAAGUAAAAGCUAUUAAGAAUAAGAAUCCAAUGACAUAUUCACUAUCGGUUUUUACUGUGGUGGUGUCAUUUUUACAUGAAGGUGGACAAUUUCAACUUUUGUAACAGGUCCUCAAUCAGUGAUUUGAACCCUAAGAUACAGCCUGGUUUUUUUCAGUGUGGGCUUUCCUGGGACUUCGUGCUGUCAGUGCUGCUGACAGCCUCCUAGGCUGAUGCUUUUGGUGCACCCUUCUCCUGAAAGAGCAGACCACCACUAGGGACCCCAGAAGAGAGCUGGGUCAGGGGAGGAACUGUCACGUAGACCCCAAUCCACUGGCUGGUCUGACAACAGGCUGUUUACAUUUCUCCAAAGAUGGAAAAGGCUGUUAAUCUACUUCCCCCCUUGUCAUGGUGAAACAACUGAAUCAUUUAAAAACAAACACUUUAGAUUAUACUUCCAGUGUUUUAGCUCCCUGGUGGAGUUUUUUAAUUUGGAUUUUUAUUGGAUGAAGUUUUGUGGGAUGUUGUUUUGGAGACUACUUUUGUUAUGUUCUCUGGUGUGUGCAUGGUAAACCCCAUUGCCAGAUGACACUAGCUCUGUGCCUUCUUUCACUGCCUCCUGCUCAACAGCAUAGGUUCUCCAGGUCAAAGAAGAAAACCUGGACAGCUGACGUGGCUGUAACUGAAUACGGACAAACGUCCUGCUGUUGAAGGCAGUGCAGACAGUUGCCGAUUAGAGCUAGUGACUUGGUUCAUUAACUUAAGGGUGUCACUAACCACCCUCCAAUUAACAUUUUGGUACCAACUCUGAAGUCAGCAACAACUUCGAUCGGGUUUAUAGGCAUUAAUAUAAACGGUUGGCUAUUCUCUAUUGAAAUUUUACCAGCUUGGCUUUUAUUACUCGAAUACAUACAUUUUUUCCCCUUAGCUACUAUAAUUCUCACUUGGGAAAAGUAACUAUUUUUUUCUUUUUUUAAUUAUUCUUAAGGUUUUUACAGAUGCCCACUUAACUGUAAAUUGGAUUUUUAAAAUUUGAGACUUUUUUAAAUGAGAAAGGUUGCUGACUCUUACAAGUUAUAGGACGUGAUUUUAAUCAGAAAAUUUCAAAGUAAUGUGGACAUAGUGUUUCCAGUCCUCUAAAAUCAAGGUGCUGCUGGCCACCGAGGGCAUAUUCUGCUAAGGGCUGCGAACUCUCUUAGGAGUCCCUCUCUAUGUAAGUUUACUGCCACUGAAAACAGUGCUGAGGUUAUCAAGAAAGUUUAAACAAAAGUAGAGCAACAACUCUCAGAUCCAAGUUCACGGGAGCUGCGCAUCCCAUUCGAGUUUCAGAAGCUGCUAUUCUGGGAGAAUACAGUUGUUAAUAAGCUUGUGUUAAAAAUGUAAUGUCAUACAUUUAGCCUGAAGAGUCUUCAGGUAAUGAUGUGGAUUUGUUUGACUAUCAGGUCACCCACAGAACUGUUUGUGGCCUGCCUUCCUUCUCUUAAGAGCAACACAAACGCGUUACGUUAAAAAUUGUAACACAUAAAGAAUGUUUUCUUAGUUUUAUGUUAUUACCAAAUUUUUGAAACAUAUCUACAGAUAUGUUUACAAAACUUACGUAUCUCACAGAUUUUAUUCAAGUUUAGACCAAGUAAACCUGAAUGACCCUGACUUGCUUGAAGUGAAAUAGGAAUAAGUUGGAUUUAUACACUUGAUGAGAGGAUUCUCUCUAAAAAUCACUUUAGGUUGUAAGUACCACUUUGAGUUUUGUUCUGUACACUUGACAUCAUUUGUAUAAAGCAGGAUAUCCCUGAUCCUGCAGGAGUACGUGACUGCUCCCAAUGUUGAGAUUUGACUCACAGAGAAGCAAGUAGAACAGAAAUAAAUAUCCCAUUAUCUUUUUAGAUUUAUUUUCCUUUAAAAACUCAAGAGAAGUACAUUUCUUACCGGUCUGUCCCUGAAAUAAGUGCUCCGUUAUUGUUGCGUCCUUGGAAGGUCUAUAUGUAAAAGAAACCUGAUAUUUAUCUGUAAAGUAAACUUGCUAAACAAAGAUAAGCAAACAAUAUACUUGAUAAACACUAGGAGGGGGGGAAAUCUCCAAUUGGUUUGCUUUUUGCUUGUUCAAGUAAUGAACCAUUUUGAAGAGAAAACAGUAUCUGCUAUAAUCCCCAGUGCCUUGAACUCUUUGGAAGGAAUAGCAUUUAAAAAAAACCUAACAAGCAAAUUGAGGUGCUAGUGAAAAGGAAGAUAUAUCUAGUUUAUGCAAAAAUAGGAAAAGUUACUAUCUCACGAGAGAUGGCUCCGUCUGCCUGAUGAGGAUGGCUGCUUUCUACCAAAGACAGAAGUGUGUUGACCACGAUGGCUGUUGGUACCUAGCUCAUACCUGCCACGCCUUCUUAGGCAGCAUAUGCUUGCAGCACUUAGAGGGGAAAACCUUAGCAUCUUUGGAACUACCCACUGUUCGCUGAACUUAUGGUAACCUAAUACCAAAAACUGCCGUUUUCCAUGAUUGCCGUCUCCUAUGUUUUUCCUUUCCUUGUAAAUAACCUCUCCUAGAAGGUAAGCAUUAACUGGAAUGUUUCAAAUGAUUUUUGUUUAAUUUUAUUGUCACUAGUGAACUCCUUUUAUAGAAAUGUACAUUUAAAAUAAAAUAUUAUUAGCUUGUGCUAAAUGGUGUAAAAACAUUGUUUACUAUUUUAAAGGAAAAUUGCACAUAAUAUUUAACUGGGAUUGCUCCCUCUCUUCCCAUUUCUUUAAAAAAUUAAAUCAAGGCUCACAUUGACAUGUAGGCUGUGGGAAGCUUUGCUAUAAAUAGAUUCAAUAUAGGAAUGUACUUUUUUAAAGCAUGACAAGACAAAAGGAACUGCAUUAUAAAGUACCCGAUAGAGGACAUUAUUCAAAUGAUUAUGCACAGCUCCGUAAAGAUGAAGUUACAAUUUUUCUUUCAGCUUUGUUACUAUUAUUUUCUUGUUUAAAUGUACGCUCAUUUCAUUAUGUGCCUUGCUCCCUGAUUGUGCAAACCUAUAUAUAUAUAGAUAUAUAUAGAUAUAUAUGAGAGAGAUAUAUUCAGUACUACUGACGAUGUUUUUGUUCUACUGCUAGAUUAAGUUAUUUUCCAAGUUACUCUUGCCAGUGAAGUAUUGUAAUGGCUUAGGACAAUAGUCAUACAGUCAGUGUAAAUUUGUUUUCCAGUUACAUGUUUUCACGUCAGCUUACCCAAACCUUAAUAAAAAUAAUACAUAGAUUUUGUUUAAACA